AUGUCUCUUGAAGCAGGCAAAAACCAUUGGCAGCUUUACACAAAACGGAAUUUCAUUAAGGUAGGCGAUGGAGACAGAAUAGUGUGUCUUAAGCGAAGGAUUGAACACCCUAGCAACAAAAAACAACAGAGGAUAAUCCGACUAGUUCCAGUACCAGCUGAAAGCGCAUUACGACGAGGCGACAUUCUUACUGACCUACAAUCACCUUCGGCCAGCGAUGUUACCAGAGAGUACAAUUCAGUUAUUGGAAAGCUUCUGCGUGAGAAGUCAAUAUUAGAGCAAGAGCUCAAAAGUACUCAUAAGGAAAAGACUAAUGUCAAUAUUAUUCCUGUACGUCUGAUCAAUGGGUUGGUGACAUUCGAAAAUUAG